CUUUGGAGUUGGAUAUUUUUUUUUAUUAAAAACGCCUAAGUAUACAUUUUAUUAUUCACAUUUGUUUUUAGUAAAAUGCCACCAAAAAAGUCUAACCUCAACAAUGCGUAUAGCAAUGAGGCACGACGCAAACGUGUUGUAAGACAUCAUGAAUCGGCUGAAGAAAUUGUUGCAGGAAACGCAGCUCAAAGAAUCAGGGCAGCACAGAGUCGUGCACAAGAAUCAGAAUCUCCUAUACCAAUUAAAAGACUUCAAUUUCCUAUUCGUUUGGCAUUCGCAAUGACCAUAAACAAGGCUCAAGGACAAACAAUGUACAUUUGUGGCUUGGACUUGGAAAAUCCAUGUUUUUCCCAUGGGCAACUAUAUGUUGCAUGCUCACGCGUGGGGGAGCCAUCAAGUCUAUUUAUAUUAGCAAAAGACAGGUUAACUAAAAAUAUUGUGCACCAAUUAGUCCUUAGUUAAAUUUAAAUUAUUAAAAAUAGUUUAAAAUGUACAUAAUUUAUAAAAUUAUAUUUGUUUAUGAUAUCAAUAAAGCAAUUUGUAAUUUACUCAUUCAUUGUAGACUAUGUUCUAUCCUUAAUCCUGUGGGUUAUUAUUAGUGACAUUAUAUGAAUAUUAAUUUGACAUACCCAAUAGUUUACUAUACGCUAUGAUCUCCGAAACCACUAAUAAACUACAAAAAAAAAAAAAAAUUUCUAAUACAUAAUAACAAUAAUACACGGCCUACGAAAAUGCAAAAAACCAACUAAUACGCGGACAACG